AUGGCUUCGGUGUUCAUGUGUGGCGUGGAGGAUCUGCUCUUCAGCGGCAGCCGCUUCGUGUGGAACCUGACAGUGUCCACGCUGCGGAGAUGGUACACGGAGAGGCUGCGAGCUUGCCACCAGGUGCUGCGGACGUGGUGCGGUCUGCGGGACAUGUACCAGAUGACAGAAGGCAGGCAUUGCCAGGUGCUCCUCCUCGAUGAAAGAAAGCUGGAGCUACUGGUUCAGCCUAAACUUUUAUCAAGAGAGCUACUGGACCUCGUGGCUUCACAUUUUAACCUGAAAGAAAAGGAGUACUUUGGAAUCACAUUUACAGAUGACACAGGUCAACAAAACUGGCUACAGUUAGAUCACCGAGUUCUUGACCAUGAUCUACCCAAGAAACCAGGUCCAACCAUUUUGAACUUUGCUGUGAGGUUUUAUAUUGAAAGCAUAUCGUUUUUAAAAGAUAAAACCACGGUGGAACUGUUCUUCCUGAAUGCAAAGUCCUGUGUGCACAAGGGUCAAAUUGAAGUAGACAGUGAAACUAUCUUCAAGUUAGCAGCGCUCGUUUUGCAGGAAGCCAAAGGGGAUUACACCAGUGAUGAAAAUGCCAGAAAGGAUUUAAAGACACUACCAGCCUUUCCAACCCAAACUCUUCAGGAACAUCCAUCCCUUGCUUACUGUGAGGACAGGGUAAUUGAACAUUAUUUGAAAAUCAAAGGUCUAACCAGAGGUCAAGCUGUGGUUCAGUAUAUGAAAAUAGUAGAAGCUCUGCCAACCUACGGAGUCCAUUAUUAUGCAGUAAAGGAUAAACAAGGACUUCCUUGGUGGCUUGGAAUCAGCUAUAAAGGAAUUGGCCAGUAUGACAUACAGGAUAAGGUGAAGCCUCGGAAGUUAUUCCAGUGGAAACAGCUGGAGAAUUUAUAUUUUCGUGAGAAAAAAUUUGCUGUUGAAGUUCACGAUCCAAGGAGGAUUUCAGUAUCAAGAAGAACCUUUGGACAAAGUGGGCUCUUUGUGCAAACAUGGUAUGCAAACUCUUCUCUCAUCAAGUCCAUCUGGGUAAUGGCAAUUAGUCAACAUCAGUUUUACUUGGAUCGGAAGCAGAGCAAAGCAAAAAUUCCUUCAGCCAGGAGUUUAGACGAUAUCGCCAUGGACUUAACCGAGACAGGAACACCACGGGUCUCUAAACUGGUCACAAUGGAAGCAAAAAGUCAGUUCAUCAUGGCAAGCAAUGGCAGCUUAAUUUCCUCAGGUUCUCAAGAUUCUGAAGUGAGUGAGGAGCAAAAGAGGGAGAAAAUCCUAGAACUCAAGAAGAAGGAGAAACUGUUACAAGAAAAACUCCUGAAAAAAGUGGAGGAAUUGAAGAAGAUCUGUAUGCGAGAGGCUGAACUCACAGGCAAAAUACCAAAGGAGUAUCCCCUGAAUGUAGGUGAGAAGCCUCCUCAGGUCAGAAGGCGUAUUGGAACCACAUUCAAAUUAGAUGACAAUUUGCUGCCAAGUAAAGAGGAUCCUGCUUUGCAAGAACUGGAGAGCAAUUUCCUAAUACAUCAAAAGCUGGUUGAAGCUGCAAAGAAACUUGCCCAUGAGCCAGACCUUUGUAAAACUGUGAGGAAAAAACGGAAGCAAGAUUACACAGAUGCAGUGAAAAAGCUGCAGGAGAUUGAAAAUGCAAUAAACGAGUACAGAAUUAGAUGUGGAAAGAAACCCAGCCAGAAAGCAAGCGCCAUUUUACCAGAUGACAUAAUCCCAUCAGAAAAUAGCUCCCUCUCUGACACUACCACCUAUGAUGAUUCCAAUGAUGCCUUUACUCUAGUUGGACAGCGAUCAAGUUCAGUGCCACAUUCUCCAAGAAUUCUUCCCCCCAAGUCUCUCGGAAUAGAGAGAAUCCAUUUCAGAAAGUCUUCUGUCAAUGAACAGUUUGUGGAUACCAGGCAGUCCAGAGAGAUGCUGUCAACUCACAGCAGCCCUUACAAAACGCUGGAGAGGAGACCCCAGGGAGGACGGAGCAUGCCCACCACGCCAGUUCUUACCCGAAACGCCUAUAGCAGCAGCCACUUGGAGCCCGAAUCCUCAUCUCAGCACUGCCGCCAGAGAAGUGGAAGCCUGGAGUCCCAGUCCCACCUACUUUCUGAGAUGGACAGUGAUAAGCCAUUUUUCUCCCUUUCUAAAUCCCAAAGAAGCAGCAGCACAGAAAUCCUGGAUGAUGGGUCUUCCUACACCAGCCAAUCAAGUUCCGAGUAUUAUUGUGUGGGACCAGUUGCUGGGACCUAUUACACCACCCAGACUCUAGAUACUCGUGCUCGGGGUCGGAGAAGAUCCAAGAAACAGAACACACCGACUUCCAAUUCUGGAAGUAUGCCCAACCUCGCACAAAAGGAUAGUUUGAGAAACGGUGUCUACUCUAAGAACCAGGAGCAACCUUCAUCCAGUUACUAUAUUGCUGGGUACACCCCCUAUGCAGAGUGUGACCUUUAUUAUGGUGGUGGCUAUGUCUAUGAGAAUGAUACGGAGGGACAAUACAGUGUCAAUCCUUCAUAUCGGUCCUCCAGCCACUAUGGAUAUGACCGCCAAAGGGACUACAGCAGGUCCUUUCAUGAAGAUGAUGUUGACCGGGCACCCCAUAAUCCAUAUGCAACUCUCCGUCUGCCCAGGAAAGCUGCUGCCAAGUCAGAGUACAUCACCAAAAACAUCCAUAAGGCCUUAGUUGCGGAACACCUCCGUGGCUGGUACCAGCGAGCUUCUGGUCAAAAAGACCAGAGUCACAGCCCCCAUGCUAGCUUUGACUCAGACAGAGGAUCCCAGAGGUGUCUGGGGUUUGCUGGGCUGCAAGUUCCCUGUUCUCCAAGUAGUCGAGCAUCUUCCUACUCUUCAGUGUCUUCUACAAAUGCUUCUGGGAACUGGAGGACCCAGAUAACCAUAGGGCUAUCAGAAUAUGAGACGCCAGCACAUUCUUACACCAGCUGUUACGGCAACAUCUAUAACCCUUUGCCAUCUCCAGGAAGACAGUACACAGAGACCAGUCAAUUGGACAAUACGGACGGAAACCCAUUGGAGGACAGCCUGGAGAGUGGCGAACAGAGGCUCUUUUGGCAUGAAGAUUCAAAGCCUGGAACAUUAGUCUGAACUGGGGUUGAAUCUCUUGACCAAGCACUGCAUUCUCACACGGGUGUGCCUUGCAAAAUGUGUUCAUUUGUCUUCCCAGAAGGCUUUUAGCCUUACAAAACCUAAAGGAAACAAAGAUUGAAGAGAAGACUCAUAGGGCCCUGAAAGUGAAGCAUAUACCAGGCUGUGCAAAGCCCCUAAAUGAUGAAUUGCCUUUUCAAAUUCUAGGCAUUCACAGAGAAAGAUCAGACAACAUUUAACCACUGCCAAGAAAAGAAUCAGCCUUUAUCAACAACAAGCACUUUUUCAGGGGAGGAAAGUUGUUGAAGGCAAACCUCAAAACUGUGAAAAGUUCAUUGAGGGUUUGCAGAAGGAAACGACGGGGAAACUUCAGAGCACAGUUGAAGAGGACGAGAAGAGGGAGGCCAGAAUGUCAUUAUUAACACAUCAGAAAAUCCGAUUUUGUAAGCUGGCCAAGAAUAGCACGCUGUUUCUAUAUGGACAUGAACAUUUUGACAGUAUUGGAAAAUUACUUGAAGCUGGAUUUUCAUGAAGUUCUGAAUGAGUGUAAAUGUUUUUAGGAUUUAAUGAAGAGUGAUGGUUUUCAUAAGCACCAUAAAAUGGGUUCUGGAAAGACUGUAGAAGCAUCCUGUAAUAUAACUUUAUGGUAGCAGAUUGGGGAAAAUGAAGCAACCCACUGAAUAAUUGACAACCUUUUUUGGCUAAUUCUGUAAGGUACAAUAUCACUGAGCUUUUUUCUUUCCACACCAAUGGCAUGAUAAGUUAUUCAGGCUAGUAACUCUCCAAUUUGGCUAUCACUUGAAAUGACAGAACUGAUAGAGAAAAUUUUUGUAACUGAGAGUACAUAAAAGUUUUUUAAGGUGAUACAGAAAGAACCCAAAACAAAAUUGUAAAGGACAAAAACAAAAUCAGAUCAUUUUAGAUGAUUCGUGUGCCUUAAAAUGGUGAACAUUUGCAAAGGAGCAUAUUGUCUAGAUUCCAUAAGUAGCUCUGUCAUCAAAUGGCAAAAACAUGAUUCGUCACUUAAAAAGAAACCCUUCAAGCUGCAGUAGAUUUAAUUAUGAGGCUUAAACUACCUCCUACUUUCCUUGAAAGAACUAAUUAGCUAUGGUUUAUUGUAUGUUUUUUGAGCAAAUAUUUCCAUAUUCCAGUUUGAUGUUUUUGUCAUCUUUAUUCUGCUUUGAAAUUCUAUAAAAGGUGCUCCUUCACCCCCCUUUUAUACAGGUUUCUUGUUCAUAUUGUGAAUAUAGACAUUUCUGAAAAACUUUUUGGGAACUUUUUCUAUCUAUCUUCCAAAGCAUGUAAUAUAUACAUAAAAAUGAUUUGUUAAACUGGUCCUGAGUCAUUUGUAUCAUUAAAAAUGAAGUUAGGAAAAAAAAAUGAAGUUAGGGAUGAAAAUUUGGAUUAAAAAAUGAUAUGCAAAAACAUAAUAACAUUCCGUUUGCAUAUUUGUAUAGUCUUCUAGAAACAGAAAUAUCCUUUUGCAUAUUCUUUUACUGUUCUGACUUUUCAGACCUAUUUUUUUUUAACGUAGGUCAAUAAACUAAAGGUGUGCUACUGAAA